CAGUUUCAGGGUGACGGUCACGUGCAGGUGAGUUGCGGCACAGGAAGAGGCGGUCCCGGCGGUGCACUCGCCACUCGUCAGUGGCUCAGUACCCGGCCAGCUGUACUUAAAGGGUCCGCAGCUGCUGACAGCCUGACACCCAUUCCUGCCCCAGCAGCUGAACCGUGUAGCUGUGUACUGUGUGACGUACUGCCUCUAGUUGUCAGUGUUCUGGGCAAGCAUGCAUGUGGUGGGUGUGGUGGCUGUGGUGGUGUGUCUGGUGGCAGGGGCCAGCUCUGCCCCAGCAGCUGAUGAAAUCACACACCUGCCGGGACUGAACCAUGACAUCAACUUCAAGCAUUACAGUGGCUACUUGUCUGGCUCCCCUGGGAAGCAUCUCCACUAUUGGUUUGUGGAGUCUUCCCGAAACCCUGUGACUGAUCCAGUGCUGCUGUGGAUGAAUGGCGGGCCAGGCUGCUCUUCCAUGGAGGGUCUGCUGGCAGAGCUGGGGCCCUACCUGGUCAACCCUGAUGGCAAGACCCUCAAGGAGAACCCUUAUGCCUGGAAUCUUAUGGCAAAUGUGUUAUUCCUGGAGGCACCAGCCUGUGUUGGGUUAUCCUAUGAUGACAAUAACAACUGUGAUACUGGUGACGAUGAGACGUCGCUGUCUAACUACUUGGCUCUUCAGGACUUCUUCCAAAACAAGUUCCCCGAGUACCGAAACAACAGCUUCUUCAUCACAGGAGAGUCGUAUGGGGGUAUCUAUGUGCCCACCUUGGCUGUGAGGGUCCUCAAGGGCCAGGAUACUUUCCCCAUCAACCUGCAGGGCUACGCUAUAGGCAACGGUCUGUCUAGCUAUGAACUCAACGACGACUCCAUCAUAUUCUUUGCUUACUACCACGGCCUCUUUGGAGAUGACCUGUGGGUUCGCCUGGUGGAGCACUGCUGCAGUGGUGGCCGCGCUUCCAGGCAAACCUGCAACUUCUCCAACUCCAAGUGGCCGAUGUGUGCCCGGGCGGUUGAAAAGGCCUCUGACAUUGUCUACAAUGAAGGACUGAACAUGUACAACCUGUAUGACAAUUGUCCCCACACAUCGGCCGGCAGCUUCUCACGUCACGAAGCGUUUCUCUCCAACAUUAUGAGAAAACACCACUUCCACGAGACCAUGAUGACCAAUGCAAAGAGCAAUAAGAAUGUGAAGCUGGAUCCUCCCUGCACUAAUGGAACAAACCUGCUCAACUACCUCAACACCCCUGAGGUGCGCACGGCUCUGCACAUCCCCCUGGAUGUUGGAAAAUUUGAACUGUGCAAUGAUGAGGUGAAUUUCAAGUACAAGCGUGAGUACUCCACCAUGAAGCCCCAAUACCAGUACCUGACCAGCCAAGUGCGGGGCCUGGUCUACAACGGAGACAUUGACAUGGCCUGCAACUUCCUGGGAGACGAGUGGUUUGUAGAGAGUCUGGGUCUGCAGGUAAAGGAAAACCGCAGGAUGUGGCACCAGGGAGGACAGGUGGCAGGCUUUGUGAAGCGCUUUGCUAACCUGGACCUGGUUACAAUACGAGGAGCCGGACACAUGGUGCCGGAGGACAAGUCUGCACCAGCGCUCAAGAUGAUCACCUCUUUCGUAUUCCAGAAACCAUAUUAGGGAGCUCACCAACAACACUGUUUGUCACACAGCUCAGGUGAGGCCACCACCAACCCUCUACUUAAAUGAGACUUGACAUACUUUCACUGUGGUAAUGUUUGUCUCAAUAUGUGUAGUACUGUUUGUGUUCUGUGUUUGUACUCAAGAGCAUUGUUAAAAGAUGAACCAGUAUUAUUAAUGUUCCAUGCCAGUAAUGAACAAAUGUACGAAUUAAAAGAAUUCCAAGGAAAAGGUUAUA